GAGCUCCACGGGCGGCGCGAUGGGUGCCGAGGCCUCGGGGAGCGGGCCGGCGCUGCGGGAGCUCCUGCGCGAGGCCGAGACCAGCCUGCUCGAGUGCAAGGUGUGCUUUGAGAGGUUCGGCCAUCGCCAGCAGCGGCGUCCGCGCAACCUGCCCUGCGGCCACGUGGUCUGCCUGGCCUGUGUGGCCGCCCUGGCGCACCCGCGGACGCUGGCCCUCGAGUGCCCCUUCUGCCGGCGGGCCUGCCGGGGCUGCGACACGAGCGACUGCCUGCCGGUGCUGCACCUGCUGGAGCUCCUGGGCUCCGCACUUGGCCCCGCGCAGGCCGCCCCCCGCGUCGCCGCCCGCGGCCCUGGGGCCCUCACCUGCCGCCUCGCCUUCGGCGGCUGGGGAACCCUGGUCAACCCCACCGGGCUGGCGCUGUGUCCCAAGACGGGGCGGGUCGUGGUGGUGCACGACGGCAAGCGGCGGGUCAAGAUCUUCGAUUCCGGGGGAGGCUGUGCGCACCAGUUUGGAGAGAAGGGGGGCGCUGCCCGGGACAUCAAGUACCCGCUUGAUGUCACAGUCACCAACGACUGCCACGUGGUUGUCACCGAUGCCGGCGACCGCUCCGUCAAAGUGUUCGAUUUUUUUGGCCAGCUCAGGCUUGUCGUCGGAGGCCAGUUCUCCUUGCCUUGGGGCGUGGAGACCACCCCUCAGAAUGGGGUCGUGGUCACUGAUGCGGAGGCAGGGUCCCUGCACCUCCUGGAAGUGGACUUUCCGGAAGGGGUCCUCCGGCGAACCGAAAGGCUGCGGGCGCGUCUGUGUGGUCCCCGAGGGGUGGCGGUGUCUUGGCUCACGGGGGCCAUUGCGGUCCUAGAGCGCCCCCUGGCCCUGGGGGCCGGGACCUGCGGCACCACGGUCAAGGUGUUCAGCGCCACCAUGCAGCUCAUUGGGCAGGUGGACAGCUUCGGGCUGAGCCUCUUCUUCCCCUCGGAAAUUACGGCCUCCGCCGUGACCUUCGAUCACCAGGGGAAUGUGAUGGUCGCCGAUACGUCCAGUCACGCCGUCCUCUGCUUAGGAAAACCUGAGGAGUUUCCCGUACUGAAGCCCAUCGUCACCCACGGUCUUUCCCAUCCCGUGGCCCUGACCUUCAGCAAGGAGAAUUCUCUUCUUGUGCUGGACAGUGCCGCCCAUGCUGUCAAAGUCUACAAGGCUGACUGGGGGUGA